UGUAAAACAACGCGAGGUCUUCUGGAGGUGAGUGAGUGAUUCGGCGAGAGGAACGGAACGGAGACCCGGCGAGUCAGAUUUUCUCUGCGGGUUCGCUAAACAAAGAGAAGGGUUUUAAUGCUCUUGAGUUUGCACAUAAACAUCGCAGCGUGGUGGAGGUAUGACACUAACCAGGGGCUCCUUCACUUAUUCCAGUGGAGAAGAAUAUACCGGAGAAUGGAAGGAAGGUCGAAGGCAUGGCAAAGGCGAGCUGAAGUUCGCUGAUGGCACCUGUUAUAAAGGUCACUUUGAGAAUGGUCUCUUCCAUGGAUCAGGGAUGUUAGUGUUUCCCGAUGGAUCCAGGUAUGAGGGGGAAUUCGCCCAAGGAAAAUUCCAAGGAGUCGGAAUCUUCAGCAGGUUUGAUGGGAUGAAGUUUGAAGGGGAAUUCAAAAGUGGUCGUGUAGAAGGAUAUGGUCUUCUGACAUUCCCAGAUGGUUCCCAUGGCGUUCCACGGAGCGAGGGAAUGUUUGAAAACAACAAGCUUCUGAAACGUGAAAAGUGCCAUGCUGUGGUGCAGAGAGCAAAGAAUUCAGCAUCCACAGCCCGAGGCCUCGCUGUAUGAUAUACUGACCUCUAUAAAACAACCCUGAACUGCAGCUUUCAGAUCAGGUCCCAGAAUACAAUCCGGAUUGCACAGGCACUGAUUAUGGAUUUGCGUUCAGCGCUGAUCUCUGCCUUUACCAAACAAGGGAGCUGGAGAAUCCGUGAGACCCAUCAGACCCUCAGGGAUGGAUGAAAGAGCUUCUGUUCCACACGUCUCUUUUUCUCUCACAUCGUUGCUCUGCCUUGGUCUUUUGUGGCUUAAAAACAUCAGAAAAUUGUCAGAUUGUUAUGGAGGCAUCAGCACUGGAGGCAUUUCAGGAAUGAAAGUGUGAUCAGAUUGAGGGCGUUUUGGUUAAAUAAUUGAAUUGGUCUUUGUAAGUCUGAUUGUAUCACGUGUGUGGAUAAGUUUUAGUUGUUGCUGUUCGGGGUUUCCACGAUUAAAAUCUUAAUCUUGAUAAUUGACAGGAUUGACAGUCAAGCAAAUUAAUAAAAUAAGUUUAUAUUUAGGUAUAUAAAGUAUAAAAAUGUAGUCAUCAAGAACAAACGAAAAAUUAUAUGUAUAGUUUUCAACAUUUUCUUAAGUGCACAUUUGCAAUCAGGUGUUCUAAAUUUGCCUUAUUUCUUGUAUUAAAAGUCAUUGAAAUCCAGCAAUGAAGCUGGAAUAAAAGUGUUACUGAUGGAGAAUAGCUGUGUGUGGAAACAGAUUCAAUAACUUGUCUAAAUAAUUUAUGUAUAAUUUAUUUACUAACGUAUUAUAGGAUAAUGUAUUAUUCCUGUACAAUACAUGAAUGGUAUUGUAUUGUCAUUUGCAGAUAUACAUGCACUAGAUAUGUUUGAGGAUUUUGUUUUGUGUGUAUUUACUAUUAUUUGAUAAUGGUUCACUCUCAUGUGCAGUGUUAUAGAGGGUAUGCAUUGACGUCACUUUCCCACGUGAACACACCGGGACACGCUCCCUUUAGUGCUAAAACGAAGGCUAAAUGGCUGCAUUCAAUAGGAGGAACAAAAAACCGGGACUAAAACGCAAUUAUUUGCUGAAACUACAAGCAGCUGGACUCGACAGUGAUCCUUACGACUACCUUAUGACUUGUGUGUUCACGUGGGAAAGUGACGACCCGUGCGUACCCUCUAUAGAGAUGCCUUAGACACUAUCAUCUAAAAUAUAUUGGCACCAAAAAGCAUUUUGCACUGUUAUUUAUUUGAGCAAAGAAUCAAAAGAUUAACAUGGAAAAUAAAUGAGAAGUCAGAAAAACGUUGUCAUCUGUAUUUCACUUCGAUAUUGGUUUGUGUACAUCAUAAGCUACACCAUGAAUGUCCAAUACAGCAACAACACACACAUAGUUAAUGAGUAAAGCAGAGGAGAAAACCAUGCCCACCAUGUUUUUUUGUAAAGUAUGUUUUUAAAAACGACAUAUUAACGAUGUAAAGCACCAGGUGAUUCUUAACCACACGUGCAUGUUUACCUGAUGUAUCAAUAUAACCAAUAAUGUUUAGACUCUCAUUAUGUAAUAUAAACCUUAAAACUGGAAAAUGGGUUAUGGGUCCAUUAAACAAAUUUGUGUCUAAAUUUGUCACAAAUGUAACGUAAAAUGUUACAGCACCAGAAAUAAACCAGAGA